UUUCUCUUCUGCAACUACCUUCUGAUGAAUCAGCGUAUUGCCACCAUGGAAGGAAGGCUGCGGGCAGACUUGCUGAAGAGCGAGAAACCAAACCCCAACAUUUCCUUUGACGAUCAAAGAGGCACCAAGCAGGUAUUGCAUGGCAGAGGAAAGAGAUCAGCGAAGCAAAACACUCAAGUCAGCACCAUCGCUGAUUUGGAGAAAAGACUGCAAGCUUUGGAGAAAAGGGUUAAUGCAAACAAUCGUUCAGGGAUGUCUCCAAAAGAACCCAGUGACUGGUGGUUCAGUGCUUACUUUCGAGGGCGAGAUGGCCGUGAUGGAAGAGAAGGUUUGAUGGGUCCCCCAGGACCUCCGGGAAAGCCGGGUAUUUCUGGGGCUUCAGGAAAGCCGGGUACCCCUGGGACAUCAGGAAAACCGGGUGCCCCUGGAACUCCGGGUAUACAAGGGCCUAAAGGUGAUACAGGAAAGCCUGGUACCAACAAGCCGGCUCCAGGUCCUCCCGGACCUAAAGGUCCGACUGGGAGUCCUGGGUUGGAAGGACCUCGUGGGCCAAAAGGCGAAAAAGGACAAGACGGAACUGGGAGUUCCGGG